UCCCUAGCUUCCAGAUGCUGCAGAGUCAUGGAAAACCAAUCCAGUAUCUCUGAGUUUUUCCUCCAAGGAAUAUCCAAGUUACCAGAGCAAAAGCAGUUCCUCUUUGGAAUUUUCCUGUGUAUGUAUCUUGUUACUUUAACUGGGAACAUGCUCAUCUUCCUGGCCAUCAGAUCAGACCCACACCUCCAGUACUUCUUUCUGACCAACCUGUCUUUUGUUGACAUAGGUUUAACAUCUUCCACAGUUACCAAGAUGCUGGUAAAUGUGCAGACUCAACAUCACACCAUUUCCUAUGCUGGUUGCCUCACACAAAUGUAUUUGAUGUUUGGCGAUCUGGAGAGCUUCUUCCUGGCUGUAAUGGUGUAUGACCUUUAUGUGGCCAUUUGCCGCCCUCUCCACUACUCCACAGCCAUGAGCCCCCAAGUCUGUGCCCUGCUGCUUGCAUUGUGCUGGGUCCUCACCUACACUGUUGCCCUGACUCACUGUGCCCUCCUCAUAGCUUGGCUGUCCUUCUCUGUUGCUGGGGAAAUAGCUCACUUUUUCUGUGACAUAACUCCUAUCCUGAAGCUGUCAUGUUCUGACACUCACAUCAGCAUGUUGACGGUUUUUGCCGUAGGAGGCACAGUACUCAUUGUCCCCUUUAUCUGCAUUGUCAUCUCCUACAUCCACAUUAUAUUGGCCUUCCUGAGGGUGCAAACUCCUGGUGCAGAAGGCAAGGCCUUUUCCACCUGUAGUUCCCAUCUCUGUGUCAUCUGUGUGUUCUAUGGGACGCUCUUCAGUGCCUACUUGUGCCCUGCCUCUGUUGCCUCUGAAGAGAAGGACAUGGCAGCAGCUGCAGUGUACACUGUGGUGACCCCCAUGUUGAACCCCUUUAUCUAUAGACUGAGGAACAAGGACAUGAAGGGUGCCCUUAAGAGGCUCCUCAGUCACAGGAGAAUUUUAUCCUCUUAG